AGAAGAAGACGUAAAAUGCCGCAUGGAUGCUCACUACAUGUUGCGCUCAAACGAAUCGGUUCAUUUGAACGAACUGUUCGAACAAACAGGUUUGUUGAAAUGCCUGGACGAAUACGGUAACAAAACCGAAACACACACAGAGAGAAUUUAUCUGCUCUAUCGAGCCACCAAACGAAGUGUGAUCAAGCUCCGUCUCGAUAUAUAAUGCAUUGCAUUUAUAUAUGAAGUAAGAACAUAUAAUGCGCUUUUAUUUUUGAAGGAUACGAUGUUAAUCUGAUAUGAGGCUUCUUGCACUGGUAGAGGAACAUAUCUCAGUUCUUUGAUCUAGUUGAGCACGAAAAACGAUUGAAGAUGUCCAACUGCACACUGAACAUCACCGCAGGGGUCCAGAACUUCCAGCUGGCCGCACUCAUACCCACCUUCCUCUUCGGUGUCCCUGGAAACAUUUUCGUUUUAGUGAUGUUCUGCCGCCGUCCCAGAACCCACUGGACCUACAUGAACAUCUACAUCAGCAACAUGGCGAUCGCCGACUGCGUCGUGCUCGUGCUUCUGCCCGUCCGCAUCGCGUCCUACAUCUGGGACAGUUCAGGACUCAGUGACCAAAAGUACAAAGAGCUGUGUUACGUCCUUGUGUCGGUUUAUUACGUCAACAUGUACGUCAGCAUCUUCACGGUAACCGCUAUAAGCGUUGUGCGCUAUGUGACCAUCAAGUAUCCGUUAAAAGCCCGGGAAAUUUUAUGUUGUAGAAACGCGCUGGUGGUUUGCGCGCUCAUUUGGCUGGUCACGUGCUCGUUAAGCGCCACGUUCCACCGUGUAGACGAACCGGAAAAAAAUGCUACGAUCAAGUGUUUUCAGAAAAACAAAGAAAAGGAAUUACCGUUGAUCUUCAUUUUGGUUCUAAACAUCAUGGGGUUCUUGGUGCCAUUCCUCAUCAUGUCGUUCUGCUCUGUUGUGGUCAUUUUUAAACUGAAGAAACAGUUGGAAAUCGGAGCCCGCUGUGAGAAGCUCCAGUGUAUGUUCAUCAUCGCUGCCAAUUUGAUUGUUUUCGUCAUAUGUUUUUUUCCCAUCCACUUCGGCUUUUUCCUCAAGUACGUCAUGCAGGCUAAUAAUUACGAUUGUGACGCGCAGUUUUUCGCGCAUAAUUUCGUUCACAGCGCGAUGUGUGUGUCCAGCAUGAACUGCGCUCUAGACUGCUUCAGUUAUUAUUUUGCCACCAAAACAUCGUGGAAAUUGUGCACCUCGAAAAACACAAGUGAGGAAUAUGAGUGCAAUUAUAAAAGGGCCACACAAUGACCUCGGGACACAGGAAACUUUCCUGCUGGAAUAACAAGCUAAAACAAGCCUAAGCUGGUUGGCUGGUCUUACCUGGUUUUAUCUGGUCUCCCAGCCUGACCAGCUAAAGAAGUGACCCUCUUAGGCUGGAUUUAGCUGUUUUUUUAAUUGUUUGUUUUUUUAUUUGAUAUGUUUUCAUAAGGGCCGCAUAAUAAAACAUAUAUUUAUUUCAUUUUGGCAACUUUGUAAGUGGUCUCAUAAAACACUGAAUUUAUGGAACAUUAAAUUAGGGUUUGUUAAAAAAAAGUGUAACCUGAUGAGGAGAGGAGUAACGUGAGCUGUUUUUGACUCAUUGAAGAGAACCCUCGCUGCAGCAUUCUGGAUUAGUUGCAGAGGCUUGAUAGUACAUGCAGGAAGGCCCGCCAGGAAAGCAUUACAAUAGUCCAGUCUGGAGAGAACAAGAGCUUGGACAAGAAGUUGGGUGGCUUUGCUCUGACAGGAAGGGUCUAAUCU